AUGGCGUACAACAGAGGCUACAACCCAGAUGCCCUUCCUGCACACGCCGAACCCGAGCAGGCAGCACAAAUGCUUCACACUUCAGGCGGGCAGCCGCCACGACGCGAUCAUCCGAAUGCGAAUUACAACAAGCCCGUUCCGCCUCCACCACAAUCUGGAAACCUCCGUCCAUCCCACGACGAUCGAUAUGGAGGAGGAGGAGGAAGACAGAGCUCAGGCGGAUAUCAAUCACCAGCACCACCCGGCGCAUACGGCUCUUCGAAUCCCGCACCUCCCCCACCACAGCAGCAACAGCAAGGAUACAAUGACUACGGCCGUGGAAGUUCACCUCGCUACGAUCAAUACGGUCAAUCGCAGCGCCCACCACCCCAACAAUCCUACAACCAACAAAACUCCUACACCUCCGCCCCACCACCACCCCGCUCCUCCUCCAACGUCUACCAAAACCCCAACCCUUCCACCAGCGGCAUAACCUCCCCACCUCCACCCGCCUCCUACGGCCAAGGUCCUCCACCUACCCACCACCGCCCUCCAAUCCCUACCGAACAACGCCCUCCCACAGUCGCACCCCAAGCGCCACGCUCCUCCACCGACCGCGACAAUCUCUGGCCUCUCUUCCUCCAAGUCGACACCUCUCGCUGCGGUCAGCUCUCCGAACCCGAACUCCAGCGCGCUCUCGUCAACGGCGACUACACCGCUUUCGACCCACAUACCGUGCGUAUGAUGAUCCGGAUGUUCGAUACGGACCGCAGUGGGACGAUCAACUUUGACGAGUUUUGCGGGUUGUGGGGGUUUCUGGCCGCAUGGAGGGGGCUGUUUGAUCGGUUCGAUGUGGAUCGGAGUGGGAAUAUCAGUUUGCGGGAGUUUGAGGAUAGUCUUGUGGCGUUUGGGUACAGACUUUCACCUGCUUUCGUUGGACUACUAUUCUCGACCUACGCCAAGAGUCAUUCAAGAGGGAGAGGGGAUGAGCAUGAACGGGAGAAGGUGCUGAGUUUCGACCUCUUCGUCCAAGCGUGUAUCAGUCUGAAGAGGAUGACGGAUGUGUUUAAGAAGUUUGAUACCGAUCGGGAUGGGUAUAUUACGUUGAGCUUAAAUCUUGAAGCAGAGGGGAUGAGCUUUCAGCCAGGUACAACACGAAUCCAUCCGUUGGACACGCUCGCGGAAGCCUUGGCUCCAGUCCCAUCGAGGAGGUGUGAGUGA